UUUCUCCAAAGGGCGGGUCCUGGGGGAAGGCUGGGUCUGGAGGAAAUUUAGCCAAUGGGUGAGCUGUACAGAAUCGAAACCUUCUUUGAUUGCGCCGAAGAGAUUGGAAUCUUUGGCGCCUUUGUUUUAGUGGAGGGCGGUAGAUAGACGGGUAAAUUGACCAAUGAGAAGGUGGGUAGGCGGACCCAGAGCGUGUGGGCGGGGAGAGGUUCUGACUGGCAAGCUGUUCGCCCAAUGAAAGGCAGGGUCGCUGGUGCGUGCCCGGCGAGGCUGUGGAGGCCGGUGUGUCUAGAAGCUGUGUGAGAGAGAUGGCGGAACCCGGGAGGAGACGGGGUCCGAGGUCCCGCGGUGGCGGCGCCGGCCGAGGCGCUCGAAGAGCCCGGGUCGCCCGUGGCCGGCGUCCUCGCGCCCCGCAGUCUCUGUCCCGGCUCAUUCCAGACACGGUGCUUGUGGACUUGGUCAGUGACAGCGACGAGGAGAUCCUGGAAGUCGCCGCGGACCCGGUAGAAGCGCCCGCCGCCCGGCCCCCGCCGGCCGCACAUGGGCAGGACAGCGACAGCGACAGCGACAGUGCAGGGGCGGACGAGGGGCCUGCAGGAGCCCCUCAGACCUUGGUCCGGCGGCGGCGCCGGCGGCUGCUGGAUCCUGGCGAGGCACCGGUGGUUCCUGUGUACUCCGGGAAGGUACAAAGCAGCCUCAACCUCAUCCCAGAUAAUUCAUCCCUCUUGAAACUUUGCCCCUCAGAGCCUGAAGAUGAGGCAGAUGUGACAGAUUGUGGCAGUCCUCCUCCUGAGGAUGCCCAAAUUCCAGGUUCCCCCUGGAAGAAGAAGCUGAGGAAUAAGCAUGAAAAAGAAGAGAUGAAGAUGGAAGAGUUUCCGGACCAGGACAUCUCUCCUUUGCCCCGACCUUCAUCAAGAAACAAAAGCAGAAAGCAUACCGAGGCACUCCAGAAGUUGAGGGAAGUGAACAAGCGCCUCCAAGAUCUCCGAUCCUGCCUGAGCCCCAAGCAGCACCAGAGUCCAGCCCUUCAGAACCCAGAUGAUGAGGUGGUCCUCGUGGACGGGCCUGUCUUGUCACAGAGCCCGAGACUCUUCACCCUCAAGAUCCGGUGCCGGGCUGACCUAGUCAGAUUGCCCGUCAUGACAUCGGAACCCCUUCAGAAUGUGGUGGAUUACAUGGCCAAUCAUCUUGGGGUGUCUCCAAGCAGGAUUCUUUUACUCUUUGGAGAGACAGAACUGUCCCCUACUGCCACCCCUAGGACCCUAAAGCUUGGUGUGGCUGACAUCAUUGAUUGUGUGGUGCUGACAAGUUCUUCAGAGGCCACAGAGACAACCCAGCAGCUCCGCCUCCGGGUGCAGGGGAAGGAGAAGCACCAGAUGUUGGAGAUCUCACUCUCUCCUGACUCUCCUCUUGAGGUCCUCAUGGCGCACUAUGAGGAGGCCAUGGGACUCUCCGGACACAAGCUCUCCUUCUUCUUCGAUGGGACAAAGCUGUCGGGCAAGGAGCUGCCAGCUGAUCUGGGCAUGGAAUCCGGAGAUCUCAUUGAAGUUUGGGGCUGAAGCUUCCUCCUGUUUGGAUGCAGAGCCAAGACUUGGGGACAACAGCUCCCACUUUUAUUAUUAUUUUUUGCCCCAUAAGGGCUAACAGAAACCGAAUUAGAACUCGUUUAUUUAUUUCCGGCACUGGGGAUUGAACCCUGGGCUGUGCAUAUGCUAAGGAUGUGUGAAGUUGAGGUAAAACCAAGGCAUGACCUUUGCCCUGUCUCGUUGACCAUAGUCUCAAGCGGUUGACUGAUUGGUAGUUGUGUGACUGUGGCUGCCCUGGGUGGCCUGUGGCUGUGUGUGUUUGUGCUGUGUACAGCAGCAGCUCCUGGGGCAUGGAGAAGGGGUAUUGGCUUCCCUACCAUUUCGUUCAGUAGUGCACUUCAUCAGACAUCUGUUCUGUGAACUGCGUAUGUUGGGUUUGUUGAACUAAAUGAGCCUUGCAUUUGGGUGCCCAGGCUUGUGAUUUAUGCCACAUUGGGGACCAACAGGGAUUUUAAUUUUCAUUUGGGGGCUGAGAUGCAGGUACCUUCCCUGGUGGGGAUACUCGGUUGUAGGGAAAUAAACAAGCAAUGACAUCUAUGCUGAAGCUGAGGACUAGGUAGACAGUGGGUAAUUUUUAAAGGCUAACAGGAGUGGUGUCUUCAGCCCUGGGCAUCCACUCUCCCAGGACUCAGCCAGCAUCUGGUACAUACUUCCUGGCAUGCACAUCUAGCCACAUCUGAGCACAUGCAGCUGUUGAGUUUGAUGUUUACUCUAGUUUUCGGUCCUCCCGCCCUCUCCUGUCAGCACCCACUUGGUAUAUUUGUAUCUGAAUAUGAAUGUCUUUAUAAGAUGAUUUUCUGAAUGUGUGUGAUUUUAGUGUAUGUACAUGGUACUGUGCAAUAGACAUUCUGUCUUCACUCAGUGUGAGUGAAAGGCUAGCCAUGUUAGCACCUUCUAGAUCUGUUGUUCCGAUCUGCUGUGGCUGCCCCAUAGUGGCAUUAGAUGAUUUUACUCACACAUUGCCUUAAUUGGAGGGAUACCUGAGUCGCCAGCUCCUAGGAACCAAAUUCCAGACCACAGCAAACAUCUUUUUGUGUGUUCCCUUCUGGGCCAGGGUAGGUAAUUGUCUGGCAUACUUGCCCAGGAUGGGACUGUGGGUUAUGCAGGUUCAUUUUUCUGGUUUUUCCAGAGUUUUCUUCAGAAUGUGGACUGCUUUUCUUGGACUUCUCUUUCCUUAUCUUUACCAAUAUUUAGUGUUGUUGUACUUUCUGAUUUGCAAGUCUACUGUGUAUAAAGCACUGCAUAUCUUAAUAUCCUUUAUCUGAUCACCAUUUCUUAUCAAUGUCCACCUUCUGGUUUUUCUUUGUUAGCUGCUUGUUUUCUUGUGAGGCUUCCUUCUGUGUGUUUUUUCUGUGAGGAGUUGCUUGUGUUCUGGGCAAUUGCAAAUAACCUUCAGAAUAGCACUUUGUGUACCCAGGGGGAUUUUCACCAAACAGACAUUCUUAACUUUAAUGCAGACAGCUGGCUUUUGUUAGAAAGGGUUUUUUGUUUUGUGUUUUUUUUUUUUUUUUGUUGUUUUUGUUUUUGCUUUUUUGUUUUUUGUUUUUUAAGGGAAAAUGAGAAAGAACUUCCAGAAUGGCAGGGGUUCUAGCGGGGAGUCUCAGGAUUGCUACUUUUGGAUCUCUAAACUAGUUAAGAAACUUUCAUUGUCUUCUGUUAGCUCGCUAGUUUUUUGUUCUUUUGUUUUUAUCUCUCAUAUUGAGACCACUAAAGGAGAAUAGAGUUCUAACUGAUCUGCUGUGGUGUGGAUGCUGACUGUUCUGAGCUCUCCACUCUGCUUCUCACUGGUUACAGCUAGACUGUACUGGUUCCUGACUAUUGUAUGUCACGUCUAAACCAUCUGAAAUGCACCUUUGUGUGGGAGAGCAAAUUUUAUUUUGUUUUAAUUAUAAUGAGCCAGUUUUCUAAGCUUUGUCUACUAAAAAAUUAAUAUGUAGUCUGACUUUCACAAGAAGUAUGUCAACUUCUUAAAAAAAUUUUUUGUGAGAAUAUGUUAUACCUUUGAAUUUUAAUAUUUAAGAACUCCAUGACAUAGUAUAGCUUCCAGGUUUCUCAGCUCUUGUAUGACAAUUAUUGAAUCUGAACACAUUACUAUUAUGUAUUCAAUCUCAGCCAAUAAAGGGAGAUGCCUUUAACUUAGGAACACCUGA